AUGACAACGGACGCCACCAAACAGCACUCGUGCAACGAAUGUCGCCGCCGCAAGCUGCGCUGUUCGCGCGACCUGCCCACAUGCGUCUCGUGCGCCAAGUUCAAGAGACACUGUCUCUACAAUAGACACAGCCAGAGUCCGCUCACUCGCAGGCAUCUGACCCAGGUGGAGGAAGAGCUGCGGGUCGCCACCGAGCUUCUGCGCGCGCUCUCGCCCGAUCUGGACAUCCACUCUAUACUGGCCAACGUCAAGAACGGGUUUUCCGUCUGGGAGAUCCCGGAACUCGGCCGCUUGAGACAGAACAGACAGGACCCGAUCGCGUCGGAUAGAAACUUCCAGGUGCCGCAGCUCCUGCCUCUAGCCGUGAACGAGGACUACAAGAACACGAGCGAGAACCAGAAGCCCGUUUACUCGUGGGAUGAGCGGGACCACAAGGCAAUAGACGGCAUGGCCAUCACCGAUAGAAGCGGGUAUCUGGGGUCGCAUUCGAGCGUGGCGGUGAUCAGUCUCGUGUUUGGGGGCUACUCGUGGGGCGGCACGCCGCGCAGUCCCGUCCGGCGGGACAGGGCGUCGGUUUCCGGCGCCAAGAUCGAGCAGUAUCUGAACCGCUAUUUUGAGACCUACCACGUCUCGUAUCCUAUCGUGUACCGGCCCAUGUUCUGGGCGCAGUAUAACCAGAUCGUGCCGCGGCCCGAGAUCGGCUGGGACAGCCUGAUGUACACGAUGGCGGCGAUCGGCGCGUUCAUGGGCUCCAGCAACCCAGACAACGAGGACGACCUGGUGCUGAUCGACAAGGCCAAGUCGCACCUGAAUUUCGAGCUGCUCGAGACGGGCAGCAUCAGCCUGCGACACAGAGCUGACGGCGGCGUCGGAGUGCCUGCCGGGCGAGGCCCAGGAGCCGACGAUCUACACGAGCGUGCGGCUGCAAAGCCUGUUCCAUCUGCUCACCAACUGCAUCUACGAGCGCAUCACCUCCGACCCGUUCCCGUCCGCGAAAGAGCUGCUCGAGUGGGACACCCGGUUCAUAGGGCGCUGGAAGAGCCUGGUUCCCGACUACUUCCGGCAGGACAGCGAGGUCUCGCAGCCGUUCACGCUCGCACACCACGUUCUGCACUGGAGACGGAAAAACCUGCAGAUCAUCAUGUACAGAACAAGCCUGCUGAAAAAGGUGUUCCGCCGCCCAGACGACGAGCCCCUGUGCCAAGAGGAAGAGGAGGCCGCCGAAAAGUGUCUGCGCAAGUGCUCGGCGACCAUCCAGAGCAUGGCAGCGUUCUGGCAGCGCAAGGAGACCACCACCAGGAUGGAGGCAUGGUACACGGUUUUCUUCCUGGUUCCCGCCUUCCUCAUGCCUCUGGUGUGUCUGCGGAACGACCCGCUGGCAGCCCAGGCAGAGCACUGGAAACGGGACAUUCUGACGGCCGAGCAGGUCCUCCAGCGGCUGCUGCACAUAUGUCCGAUAGCCACCAAGGUUCUGGAGCUCAGCAAGUCUCUGGGGGCCGAGUACGUUGCCUCUGCAGACGCGGCAGCCGACUUGCUCGCCAGCGCAGGCACAGACGAAAGCCCGAUAUCGCAGCUCACACACCUGCACUCGGUGCUGUGGCCGCUGGCGUUCGACAUCGAGCAGCAGUUUCUAUAGCGUGCUUACGUAAUAUAUGA